AUGAUCGUCGAGUUGGACGAGAACGGCUGCCAAAAGCCAGAAGCCAUCAAUCACGCAAGAGCCGUGCACUGGAAGGACUACUUUAAAGACGUAUCAAAUAGCCUAUUCGCGAGGUAUAUCACCAAAGAAUUCUCUCCUGCCGAUGACGACAACGCGUGCUUGCAAGCAUGUCGCUUCCUCAAGGUAGCCGUGGAUUCUUCGAGCCUUAUACUCACCAUCCUAGCGGGCCUCGAGUCGGAAAUCCCCGGUCUUGCUUCCCGCACCAAGCUUACGAUCCAUAUUAUAGGCGCUGACGAUCAAGAGAUCCGCCGUGCAAGGAUGCCGGAAGAUCUGUAUCACCUGCUCCCGAAACUCCAACAUUUGGUAGUCGGCUAUGUUGGACCAGAUGUUGGCUCCGCGCAUGGAAAUACUACAAAGCUUUUGGAGUUCGAAUGCUGUCCCAAGUGCCAGAGCAUGGGUCGAUCUCCCCGGCAAGCAUUCCUGGCGGAUGAUCUCUAUCAUGAUUUCGCCGAAUCAGACCUGUUUGCCAAGUACCCUCCAGACUUAAUCAUCGCACCGAAUUCCGGCCACGCCGAAUCACAAGUCCAGAGAUGGCAGCCCACCUUGCAGUGUAUACUCGAGCUCGGAGUUCCAGCCGUUUUUACAACUUACAACAAAAAGGAAGCGGUGGACGAAGAGCAAAGUUUCGAUAAAAUGGGCGCGCAUUUUUCGAGGAGACUGGCUGAGAAUCCCUGGCGCGGGGUUCUCCCGAAGUUCGACAUGUUCAUGGAGCGGUAUGAUGUGUUUUACUUCAACUACUACUGGUAUAUCGUUAAAGGCAGGACGGAUAUUUAA